UUGUCGAGCGCGCUCCGCGACGGCGAAGGAGGCCGGGCCGCGAUCGGCGUGCGGAGAGCGGACGCGGCACGAGAAGCGGCAGCGGCGGCGUCUGGAGGAGCGUCGGGCGCCCGUCCGGGGAGGGGGCAAGCAUCUGCAGCCGGCAGGCCCGGGGUCGCGAUGUUGCCUGCGGCGCGGGCCGACUACCUGGCGCCCUGGUGGGCGUCGUGGCUGCACGGGCUGCCCCACUUGAGCCUCCGCCUGCAGCCCGUCUCCAGCGCCUUCCGCCCGAGGGACGCCGACUACCAGCAGUCCCUGUUGCUCUUGGCUCUCGUGGGAGCUGUCUUUCUGGGCCUCAACCUGGUAUUCCUUGGUAUUUAUCUGAUCUGUCUGUGCUGCUGCAAGAGGGAGGAGGAAUCGGAGACAAAGAGGCCCAAUUCGUGCUGCAUCACCUGGACUGCUGUGGUAGCCGGCCUCAUCUGUUGUGCUGCUGUUGGCAUUGGUUUCUAUGGCAACAGCGAAACCAACGAUGGGGUUUAUCAACUGAUCUACGCCCUUAAUAAUGCUAAUCGCACUCUCUCGGAGAUUGAUUUGCUGGUCUCAAACACCUCUAUGCAGAUGAAGGUGGCUCUGGAGCAACACCUGGCGCGGCUGAACGAGAUCUUUGCCACCCGAGGCGACUACGUGCAGACGCUCAAGUUCAUGCAGCAGAUGGCAGGCAAUAUUGUGCUGCAGCUCUCAGGGCUCCCUGUCUGGAACGACGUCACUGUAGACCUGUCUCAAGUCGCUGGUGAAGUUGGUUACGUGGAAUAUUAUAGAUGGCUCUCCUACCUCUUGCUGUUCAUCCUGGACUUGGUGAUCUGCCUUAUUGCCUGCCUGGGCCUGGCGAAGCACUCCAAAUGUCUGCUUAUUGUGAUUCUGUGCUGUGGGCUUUUCACACUCAUUCUCAGCUGGUCUUCCUUUGCAGCAGAUGUUUCGGGAGCGGUGGGUACCAGUGACUUCUGCAUGGCGCCAGAUAAGUUCAUCAUGAACAUGACGCAAAGCGACCUCAGUGCAGAGAUUGUACGGUACUACCUGUAUUGCAGCCAGAGUCUGACCAACCCCUUCCAGCAGGCCCUGACCAUCUACCAGCGUUCUCUCACGACCAUGCAGAUCCAGAUCCAAGGCCUCAUGCAGUUUGCUCUCCCUCUUUUCCCUACAGCCGAGAGAGAUCUGCUAGGCAUACAGCAGCUACUGAACAAAUCAGAGGGCAGCCUCCACCAGCUGACCGCCAUGUUGGACUGCCGCGGCUUACACAAGGACUACCUGGAUGCCUUGAUUGGGAUCUGCUACGAUGGGGUGGAAGGCUUGCUGUACCUCAUUCUUUUCUCCCUCUUGGCUGCCGUGUCCUUCUCCACCGUCAUCUGUGCCGUGCCACGUGCCUGGAAGCAUUUAGCCAGCAGGGACCGGGAUUAUGACGACAUAGAUGAAGAAGACCCCUUCAAUCCGCAGGCACGACGAAUUGCCGCCCACAACCCCAGCCGGGGGCAGCUCCGUAGUUUCUGCAGCUACAGUAGCAGCCUAGGUAGCCAGACCAGCCUGCAGCCUCCAGCACAGACCAUCUCCAACGCACCAGUAUCGGAGUACAUGAACCAAGCUGUGCUCUUUGGUGGGAACCCACGCUAUGAGAACGUCCCACUGAUUGGAAGAGGAUCGCCCUCCCCCCACGUAUUCUCCAAGUAUGCGAGCCACCUAUCUAUCGGUUAAUGAUGAUCACAGGCGACAGCACGGCCCCGAAUUUCCAGCCUAGCACUCACCUUGUAGACAAAAGCCCACAACAAACGAUGUUGCUAUAGUGGAAAACCCAGUGACAACUUGGAAGGCGCACAGACUGCAGGGAAAUAGAAUUGCCUCCACAAUGAUGCAGAAGGGCUCUCUGAGAGGGAGUCGGCUGAAGAAGACACCCGCUGGCACUACGGAUAACCUUCCGGGGAUUAUCCCAGGUGCUCGACCGGCGGCCUUUCCUCUCUCUCUCACA